AUGGCGGCCUUCGGUGGACAGACACCCACGAUUAUCGUGCUCAAAGAAGGCACCGACACCUCUCAAGGCAAGCCCCAGGUAAUUUCCAACAUUAACGCCUGCCUGGCCGUGCAGAAUACCAUCAAAAGCACCCUAGGCCCUUACGGUGGCGACUUGCUCCUCGUUGAUUCCAGCGGGAAACAGACAAUCACGAACGAUGGCGCCACAGUCAUGCGCCUGCUCGACAUAGUCCAUCCAGCUGCAAGGAUCUUGACCGACAUAGCGCGGAGUCAAGAUGCAGAGGUGGGCGAUGGGACCACCUCGGUCGUUGUGUUGGCGGGAGAAAUAUUGAAGGAAGUGAAAGAGCUGGUCGAGCAAGGAGUAUCUACGCAGACCAUUGUCAAGGGACUGAGGAGGGCGAGUGCCAUGGCGAUAAACAAGAUCAAAGAGAUUGCUGUCAGUGUAGACGAUGGCGCAAAUAAGAGGGAGACACUGCGAAAACUGGCGGCCACGGCAAUGAGCAGUAAACUUAUUCAUCGGAAUGCGGAUUUCUUCACGAAGAGUAAGUUUUACCCCAGGUCUCUGGCAUUGCAAAGUGGCAAUAAAUCUGGAUCCGCUGACGAAGAGGAAAAAUAUUUAGUGGUCGUCGAUGCCGUCCUUAGCCUCGACCAAGACGACCUGAACGAGAAACUCAUCGGCAUCAAGAAAAUCACCGGUGGCGCCUUGGAAGACUCUCUCUUUGUCGACGGCGUUGCAUUCAAAAAGACCUUUUCCUACGCGGGCUUCGAACAACAACCCAAAUCUUUCAAGAACCCUAAAAUCGUAUGUCUGAACGUUGAACUGGAGUUGAAGGCAGAGAAGGACAAUGCAGAGGUACGAAUCGAUCAGGUGUCGGAAUACCAGGCGAUAGUGGAUGCCGAGUGGCAAAUCAUUUAUGACAAGAUGGAGGCACUCUACAAGACGGGUGCGAAGGUGGUAUUGUCGAAGCUACCAAUCGGAGAUCUGGCCACCCAGUAUUUUGCAGAUAGGGAUAUCUUUUGCGCAGGGCGUGUUGCGUCUGACGAUCUGGAGCGUGUGUGUCAGGCAACGGGCGCCGUCACCCAGAGUACCUGCAGCGACAUUUUACCGUCGCAUUUGGGGACGUGUGGAUUGUUCGAAGAGCGCCAAAUUGGUGGUGAGCGGUACAACCUGUUCAGUCACUGUCCGGAGGCCAAAACAUGCACGUUGGUUCUGAGAGGUGGGGCCGAGCAGUUCAUUGCCGAAGUCGAACGGUCGCUGCAUGAUGCCAUCAUGAUAGUCAAGCGGGCCCUGAAGAACCAUACCAUUGUGGCCGGGGGUGGUGCCACCGAGAUGGAGAUUUCAGGGUACUUGCACAGAUUUGCGGACAAGAAUGUCCCCCACAAGCAGCAGGCUGUGGUAAAGGCAUUCGCAAAGGCUUUGGAGUGCAUACCGCGACAGCUGUGCGACAACGCAGGUUUCGACGCCACCGACAUCCUCAAUCGACUGCGGGUGGAACACCGAAAAGGAAAUACCUGGGCAGGCGUCGACUUUGACCACGAAGGAGUCCGGAAUAACAUGGAUGCGUUUGUCUGGGAACCUGCCCUGGUCAAGUUCAAUGCCGUUUCAGCAGCUGUGGAGGCAGCAUGUCUGAUUCUGAGUGUCGACGAGACAAUCAAGAACGAGGAGAGUCAAGGUCCGCAGGCGCCGGCGAGAGGAUUGCCCCCUGGUGCAGCACAACGGGCAUUGAGAGGGAGGGGAAGGGGGAUGCCGAGAAGGUGA